GCACCAAGCGCGGUCCUUCGCCAGCUGCUGCGCUGGAGGCAGGGAGGCAACCCACUGAGCCGAAGCGCCCCAAGAAGAGAACCGGCCUCCUCAACAGGGCGCUCUCCGCGGCUGGGUAUAGCUGGGCCGACUACAAGUGCGGCCGAUGCGAACGGUCGGCCUGUGAAGACAGCGGUACCUCGAGAAGGUGCGCCGCCACCCCCGGUGGUAGCGCCACCUCCGAUGCCGCCCAUGCCACUCCCGCCCAUCCCCUUCUUUCUACCGCCACCGAUGCCGGCACCGCUGGCGCCUCCUCCGCCGUUCAUGCCGCCGCAAUUCGCGGCGAUACCGGCGGCUCCGCCAGCCAGCGCCGAGCAGCUUCUCGGUAUGAUGGCCGAGCUGAUAGCACUUUGGCGGCAGCAACCCCAGCAGCCGCCCGCUCAUCAGGGCGGCCAGCACCCGUGAAGCACACGCUCGUACAUCGGCCCGCGGACUUCUCACAUCCGCGGCCCCGAUUGUUUGACAUGGCCCUUUUCGACACCACCAUGCUCAGACAUCUUCAUUCUCUUCACUACUUCCUUUCUCGUUCCCUUCCCAGAGCUCGCUCACUGGGGGGGGAGUACUUGUGGCGUCGCCCUGUACGCUGCAAGUGCAACGAAACCACCGUUCCUCUGAACAACUCGAGUCACCACACACGGGCAACCGUGCUUGGCUUCUCACAGAUGGAACUCGGUGGAGACUUGGCUAAGUCUGGGCAACCUAAUUUUUGCUGGGCUAUGUCGGUUCAGUUGUACCGGCAUAAUCUGUUUUAUACGCUACGUGCACCUAACUAUUUGGAGUCAGAUCGAGAGAUCGUGGUGGACUCCCGGGCUACCCAGCCCGAGUUCCCACAUUAA